GGGAAGUAGAUCAUGCCUCCCCUUCUUAAACUUUAUUUCACUAGCCCAGGCGAAGAAUUGAUUGUGCUUUGACAUUUAUUAUUGAUGAUCUUCAAAUCGUUGCAAUCUUUUCGAUUGUUCGAUUCCACUCCCUCCUGAGUGGCGAGUCUCUACAUGUGCUGCCAGCUUGCCUUACCUAUGGCCUUGCUCACGGCGAGUCUUCCAUCAAUCGAUUUCUGACUAGAUAUGAGACGUGGAACUAAUAUCCACCCCAUACCAGCCAGAUCAAACUAGUGGAUUCCCCAGUCUCACGGGUCUUGAGGGUUCAAAUCUCCCCAAAUGGAGAGACCAUAGCACCGGUAGCCAAUAAACAGUCUUUGUAGAUUAAGUAUUGAUACUAUCAUAGUUUAUCGUGCCCCGAAUCCCCAAGUCUUUAUGGAUCCGAGUCUACUUCUGAUAGGGGCGACAGAAUGGCAAUUUUUUCCCAUUUCAGGACUAGUAGUACGAGGUCCAGAACUCAAUUCAAUAUCUUGGUAGUUCUAGAAGAAAGUUGCGAGAGUGGCGAUCUUACAUGAUGUGGAACCCAGAAUUAGACAGUUUGUUUCUGUUCUCUAGAUCUAUAUGUUCUCAAGUUUUGGUUUCCAGUUCAUUGAUCGAAUCUCAACACUACAAGGGCGAGCUUCGUCUUAGAAGCUCCAAGUAACAUGGAGCAGUAAGUUUGAAGUAACAAAAUACUCUCAAGGGCGACGUACGAGGCGUGCACCACGUCAUCAACCCUAGUGAACUGAGAGUCCAUGCGAAGCAGGGAAACUUGAACACUUGAUCUUAAGGCUAUCCCAACAAUGCCGGCAACUUCAACGUGGGACAUGAUGUACGGUAGAAACCACGCCAGUGGAUCUCAGUCGCAAGAUUCGAGCCCGAAUAAAAUGGACCUUCCAUUAUCUAUAUUGAAACAUUUGCCUACGCCUGUGCUAGUCUUGGAUCAGAAUCGGAAAGUGCUAUGGACAAACUGGAAAGCAGAAGCUUUAUUCGGCAGCGCAGAUUCUUCCAGGAAUGAUACGAGUGCAUCGAUCGGAAAGGACUUAGAUGAACUGGGUGUCACAUUACUAAACAAUCGAUCAUGGGGACCGAUCCUAAGUGAGAUAGAGUAUCUUCGAUGUGGCGGUACCUCAUCAAAUGAUGAAAAUUCGAGCUUUUUUGAUGGCUUCCAGGUGGUGGUAAACAAUUCAUCUAAGUCGAAUGACCAGAAGGAAAGACAAUUUCGGGCUUGUAUUGAUGCUUUGAAUGAGGAUCGCGGCCUUCAUUUCAUCCUCACCUUCGAAUUACCGAUAUUCUUGCAAGAGAAUCCAGUCAACUACAGGUCAGGAUCAACACUGUUGACAAAUAAACUAAAAGAGCCUCAGCACAAACCGGCCCUCAUAAGAGAUGACACUUUUUGUUCUCUUCGAAAAGCGGUCUUUGACAAUGUUGAAACCCCCGCAUUCAUCAUAACUGCAGAUGGUGAAUUUUACUUAACAAAUCGUAAAGUUGAAGAGGUAUUAGGAAAGUCUAUGGGGGGAGAGAAUGGCUGCCGACAGAAUAUGUUUCGAGAUGCCCUACAGAUAUGGGAUGCGGAAUUUACCCGUCAGUUAUCACCCGAUGAAUAUUUCGGAACAGUCUUAACGAGAACCCGAAAGCCUUUCACGAAUCAAAGGUCUGGAUUUAUAAAUCCCAUAAAUGGAGAUCGAAUGACAACACUAAUGUCUGGAGAAUGCCUUUAUGACGAAGCUGGGAUCUACUUGGGAGCGAUUUGCUGGUGCGAAGAUAUACAAGAAUACGAACAAUACCUGAUUGAGAAACAACACAAUUUACUACGAAGUCAUGAAACUAUUUGUGAUUUGAUGCCACAUCUAGUGUGGACUGCAAGACCGGAUGGUUAUUGCGAUUGGUACUCUAGGCGGUGGUACGAAUACACUGGCAUGUCUAAGGAAGAAAGCGUUGGCACCGGAUAUGAGAAGGUGAUUUAUCCGGAUGAUCUGAAUACUCUUAGAGAAGCUUGGAACUUUAGCCAGUCAGAGCAUCAAGAUGGUGAGGUAGAGGUACGGUAUCUGAGGCGUGAUGGGGUCUAUAGAUGGAUGCACACGAGAGCUUGCCCACUACUUGACGAUAACGGAAAAGUUCUGAAGUGGUAUGGAACAAAUACAGAUAUCACCGAUAUUGUAAUGUCACGAAUUGAGGCUAAGAGGAACAAGCAUCAAAUGUUGACAGUUCUGGCUCAUGCCGAAGUUAACAUGUUUUGUGUGGAUAAAAAUCGGCUAGUAACAAUGGCGGAGGGAGCAAUGCUAUGGGGCACCAAAACUGAGCAAACGCAUCAGAGCAAGGAAAAUCUGAUUGGAAAGGAUAUUAUUGAGCAUAUGCAAAGCACGCAAGCAGGGGGCAUACCGGGUCAUGAAAAUUCUAUCCUAGAAAUAUUGUCCGGAAAAGUUGAAAUGGCAACAUGCGAAGAAAAGAUAGGGGAUAAAAGUUACCGAACACGAUUAGUAGCAGAUCUUGAGCACAACAGUGAUGAUGGAGGGCAAGCACCAAAGGUCAUCGGAUGUUUGGGCUUGAGUAUUGAUAUUACGGAUGUGGAAAAACGGGCGCAAUUAGAGAUGGAUAACACGAGGUUGAUGAUUGAAGAACAAGCAGCUAAAGAUUCAUCUAAGAUAAAAAGUCAAUUCUUAGCAAAUAUGUCGCAUGAGAUGCGCACCCCAACGGCGGGCGUGAUUGGUAUGGUGGACUUGCUCGACGAAGACCCAACUUUAACGUCUUCGCAACGCGAAUAUGUUUCUAGCAUUCAACUUUCGGGAAGAGCCCUCCUAACCAUUGUGAAUGACAUCCUUGACUUUUCGAAAAUUGAAUCUGGUCGUCUCGACAUCGAAGAGGUUCCAUUCAAUCUUUGUUCCAUUGUGGGAGAGCUAUGUAAAUUAUUAUGCGUUUUUGCUAAUCAGAAGAAUUUGGUAUUCAAUUACGAAAACGAGAUUGACGAAAGUCUCGAAGUCCUGGGAGACCCCGGGCGGAUCAGACAAGUCCUAUCUAACCUUCUAACAAAUUCGCUUAAAUUUACGGAAAAUGGAUCUAUAACAAUAAACGCUAAAGGAAAGAGAAUAACGGAUUCAGGCAACACUGGAAAUGAUGUAAUUGAGGUCAGAUUCGUGAUUAAGGAUACCGGCAUUGGAAUAUCUAAAAUGACAUUGGAUAAGUUAUUUAGACCCUUUAGCCAGGGGGACUCUUCAACGGCAAGACUAUAUGGUGGGACGGGUCUAGGUCUGACUAUAUCGAGAAAUCUUGCAACUCUGAUGUCUGGCACGAUAGAUCUUGAUUCAGAGCAAGGAGUUGGGAGCACGGCCACGUUCACAAUACCAUUGAAGAUAUCCUCCUAUUGCCGUCUACCCCGAAAUCCCACCACUCCUGCUAAACUUGACUUUUCUUUUACCAACGAUAACUCUCAUUCACAAUCUCUGCCGAGUACGCCACUGGCUCUUCGACCAAGCCGUCAUCAAGGGCAGGUAGAACAACAGCUUAUAAAUCAACAAAUCUCGACUAGUGAUACCAAUCAUGUCCUUCCUCCAUAUUUACGAAACGGAGAAAAGAAAAAAGAGAGCGGGUCAAAACUUACACUGAAAGAGCGAGGCGAGAUCAUUGUUCUAGUUGUCGAAGAUAAUGCCAUCAACCAGACAAUCGCAUUGAAAACUGUCCGAAACCUAGGAUUCCAAGCAACAGCCGUUUGGAAUGGACGCGAAGCAUUGAACUACCUGAGUAAUCCUGGACCAUCCAAUCCGAGGCCAGAUAUCAUCUUAAUGGAUGUCCAGAUGCCAAUUAUGGAUGGUUAUGAAGCAACAAAAAUUUUAAGGACGAGUAAAGAAUAUGAAAAGAAUCUAGAACCUGAUAUACAGCCGUCAGAAAACACGAACGGUUUGGUUAGUGCGAGACGCUCAAAUCCGAACGGAUCAAAAAUGGAGAGUCCGGCCAGCAGGACACAAACCAAAACGAAAAGUAAACUGAAAGAUCUUCCUGUUAUAGCUAUGACGGCUAGUGCGAUUCAGGGAGAUCAAGAAAAGUGUCUCGAGGCGGGAAUGGAUGGAUACUUGAGUAAACCGGUUGAAAAGGAAAGGUUGGAGGAAACGCUAUUAUAUUGGGGGCAAAAAACAAUGAAUGUCCGAGAACUUGCAAGUCUGGGUAUCUCGAGUUCUGACGGUAAACAUAGUAAGAAUGAUUCUGCUGAUUCUGCUGUUGUCAUGAUGGAUGAAGAUUCUACUUGGUCACAGGAUGGAGGGUCAAGAGACGGCGAUCUAGAUAGUGGAGAUGGGAUUGCAGAAACAGCUGGUGCACACUGAACAUAUUGUGGUCUCAUUGUUGCAUGUGGAUAUCGAUACUGUUGGAACUGAGUCUAUUAUGGUGGGGGUAGCCGUGAAGAACUGAUUUCAGUUCUGUGAAUGGCGCAGACGUUUGUCGGUUGGAAAACACGGAUAUUCACGGUUCUUUAGAUGACCAAAAUGGCGUAUUCCGGUUGUGAUAUUGGGCGAUUCCUUGGACACUGGAUAAGGGACUUGGGGUUGAGACCGGAUGGAUUGGAUUGGAUUGAUGAUGUGAAAUGAUUGUGUUAUACCUUGGCAUUUAUUGAUAAAAUAUUUCUUAGAGACUACCUGCCUGAUCGAGAAUGUUAUAUAGAUAACGGAUAAAGGGGGGUUAGAGUUGUUAAACGAAUAUCAUGAAUUUUGCGGGAACUAGUUUCUGACGUGCCGAGUCCAAGACUUAGAUGCCAGAGACUACCUACCUAAUCCGGAAUGUUGUAGAGAAACCCCGCGGACGCAGGUGCCCCGGCGGAGAUCUUGGCGUGCUUGGACGGUUAAAGGGGGUUAGAUUUUUAGACGAACACCAUAAAUUGCGUUUGCAACUGGUACCUGGCGUGCCUGGCGUGCCUGAGUCCUUAUCUAGUGUGUCAGACAUGCAUUGACUCAAGAUAUAUAAAUUAACUUCCAAGAUCUA